UGUAAAAUGUAAAGAAUCUCUUGAUCUCGUCACACUAAACCAUCAAACCAAUAAAUAGACUGUUGUAAUUUCAGAUAACUACUGCUCCAAUUACAAACAUGUGAUUAAAUUUUGGUCAGCAGCUUAGUGUGACCAUUUUGCAGCUGCAGCAAAAUAGGACUAAAUAAAAAUGGGAAACUACAAGUCGCGACCAUCAACUUCUUGCAGCGAAACAUGGAAAAACGGAAUCAGCGAAAACUACGCGGUAGUGAGACGUCGCCUGAACGAAGAUCUAUGUCACCUGAAGGAUCCGAAGUUGUGUAAAAGGUGUGAAGAGAGCUGUUGUUCACACCAACGAACCAUCAUGUCACGAGAUUCGGUCACUUUUGAAAACUUCAGAACAGCGUGUAUAAAUUGCGACCCAGAAGGAAUUCAAAAUGCUCUGAAAAUGAACGAAGAAAUUGUGACUUUCAGGCUAGACUGCGACCACUUUACUGGUUUGCAUUAUGCUGUGAUUAACAGUUCAGCCAGCAAAGACAGUCAAUUGUUAUCUAUCAAGCUACUUAUCUCCCACGGUGCUAAGUGUUCCUACGUUGUUACUAGGAACCUCUUCUCUCCACUCCAUCUUGCCGUAUUCAAAGCGGAUCCAAACAUCGUGAGUCUAAUGACGACUCUGAUUACAUCAAAUCACGAAUUGAACUUCGCUGGAAACGAAUCAUUGACGUCACUGCAUCUCGCAUGUCUGCAUGGAACCGAGGAAAUCGUAUCGAUUCUUCUAGAAGCAGGAGCAAAGCCUGAUUUGGUGGACGCUGUUAAAUUUUCACCGAUGCAUGUCGCUAUAUAUGCUCUAAACGAUCAAGCGAAAACGACGUGCAUUGUGAAAAAAUUAUCAGAACAUGGAGCUCCUUUUUGUUAUUUGAACAGUGCCGUUAAAUCAAAAGGCAAAGAAAAUUUUUCCUCAAAAGAACUGGCGUUUGAUGAUUUUGACGCCGAACAUAUUCCUAUUAUUCUCUUGGCUGCUUCCAGAAGGCAAGUUGAAACUAUUACAUUUUUGCUGGAACAGCCAGAAAUAGAUGUAAAUACAAUAGAUCUGGAACAUAACACUGCUCUGCAUGUUGCUUCGAAGCAAGGCCAUGUUUCAGUUGUGAAGUUGCUGCUCCAGAAAGACAAAAUAGAACUGGGUAAAAAUGUGUACGGCGAUACUGCCGUCCAUUUAGCUUGUUACUCUGGAAAAAUUGAAAUAGUCCAAAUUCUGUUGCAAAAAUUUGGCAAGCAGUGUUUGGAAGAAGUGAACAUUUUCGGUGAAACUCCUUUGCAUGCAAGUUGCACGUUUGGUACGAAUUUAGAGCUCAUUGAGUUUCUGCUUUGUGAGAAUCCUAGACUAGUUAAUUAUCAGUCUAAAGAUGCAGGACAUACACCAUUGCACAGCUGCUCAUUUCACGGCCACUUUGAAGCGGCACGUUUGUUGGUUCAAAAUGGAGCCGAUGUGACGGUGUUGGCGAACAGCAGAGACACCACUCUGAUGUCAAGGACGAAUGACGACAGUGGGUGUGGAGGAUGUGAGGAGAACAGUGUUGCGUCAUCGGAGAGCAACAGCAGAGGGGAUUUGUUCACGGCUCUGUAUCACGACACGUGUGCACAAUGGGCAGCCGAGAAUGGCCACGAUGACCUUGCUAACUGGCUGAACCAAUGUCGCAGCAAUGGGGACUCCGCCUCCUACAGAUCCAGUGGGGGAUACACCACCGAAAGCUCUUAUGUUCCCCUCCCCAGCAAGAUAGGAAAGAUUAAGUCAGUCACCCAGGAGAAAAUAGGAGUGCUCUCUUUACGUGCUCAGUUGCCAAAACAUAUGCAGAUUGAAUAUUGCGACAUUGAAAGAAUUGAGCAUAUAGGGAGUGGUGGGUUCGGUAAAGUUUACAAAUCGAGACUGAGAUCCAAAAAUGAAAUUGUGGCCGUUAAAGUCUACAAGCAUCACCAUCAUAACUCCAAGACAGACAUCGACAUGUUUGUACGUGAAGUGAAGAUUCUCUGGCAAUUGGACAAUCCCUACAUAAUUAAGUUCCACGGAGUAUGUUUGGACGAUGCAUCGAAUUUUUCUCUAAUAACCGAAUUCUGCGCAAAUGGGAGUCUCUAUGAUUUCCUGCACAAACAGAAGAGAUGUUUAGAUCUCGCUGGUAAACUCGUGAUUUUGCAAAAUGUCGCCAGCGGAAUGAACUAUCUGCACACUCUGCCGGAACCAGUGAUCCACCGUGACCUUAACAGCUUCAACAUCCUCCUAAGGGAAUCCAUGAACGCCGUUAUUGCAGACUUCGGGGAAUCCCGCUUCAUACACAGACUCCUACGCCAGGAAAUGCUGACAAAACAACCGGGAAAUCUACGCUGGAUGUCGCCAGAAAUAUUCAACCAGUCUACAGAAUACAAUACUAGAGCAGACGUGUAUAAUUUCAGUUUGUGUAUUUGGGAACUGCUAAGUGGGGAACUUCCAUUUUCACAGUACACGCCGCUUCAGGCAGCGCAAGUUGCGGUAAAAGGAGUUCGUCCUCCAGUGGUCGAGGAGUCGUACCCGGAUGCUUUAGUUAAAAUCAUGACUAGGUGUUGGAGCGCGAAUCCGACAGAACGACCUGACUUCGCAACUGUCAUGAAAGACCUCAACGAAUUACUGCUGUUUAACCAUGUUAACACAAAUAUAGCUAAUUUGAAUCUAAGUAGUCCAACAGCCUCAUUUGUGAGUCGAGACUUGAGCGACCGAAUAUCGGUGGCAGAACUGAGAAGCAAUUUCGAGAACACAUCACCAGUGAAUAAUCCAAGUGAAACAAACGCCACGGUAGCUUCCGUGUCGAGGCCGAAUUCGGGGAAAGUUCCAUCUGCCUCGGCUUCUGUAAAUGCAUCAUCUGAGCCUCAGCCAACAUCGCAAGUUUUCUGUGACCUGAAUAAGACGUUGACUCGGUCUCCAACUAACAGCUGCAACAGCACGAAAUCUGAUAUCUCACCCUUGAACGAAACGGGCGGAGGAGACGCAUCUCAGAGGUUCUUCCGAGCGACAGUAGCUACCACUAGUCAAGUGUUUGAACCCCGUGCUCCGACUUUGGCUGCCAGCGUUCCUCCAUCGGAUCCUGGUCAUAGUCGUAUUCCUCAUCAUAGUCAGCUACCUCAGACUUCGUUCAUGGCCAUGUCCAAUGGUUACGUGUGUGACACUUCCCAGCCGAGACUGAUGAUGGCAGCACAGAUGGCUCUAAAUGAUAAUAAUAAUGACUCAUCCACAAACAAUCCAUAGCUUUAUAGAAGUACGUGUUCUUUAGAUUAAUUAUCGCAUUUUUUCAGAUACUACCUUUUGACCUAAUUUAAUGUUCAUUUCCA